AUGCUGUCAUUCCUUAUCACUAAAUAUUUCAUUACUCUAACAAUAGCAAUAUUACUAUCAAUUGCUGAAACAAAUGGAGAGUGGCGUGUUGAUAUAGCUUCAUUCAACAACAUCGCAGGCUCCGGUGUAGCCCGAGAAGCUGCUCGAGGAGCUGCUGCUCAACAAGGAGCUGCUGCUCAAAAUCCUGCGCCUGCUCAAACAACGUCGGAUCCUCUUGGUUCAUUAUCUUCUGCACUUCUUUUGAGUUUGCUUGCAAGCAGAUUGACUGGUGGAGGCUCCCCAUAUCCUCAAUAUCAAUAUCCUUACUACGGUGGAUACGGAGGAUAUUAUCCAUAUACACCGUAUUAUUACUACUACUAUGGUCGCUAUCCAUACUACUACUAUUAUUAUGGUUAA